GUCGGCGCUUGCAUAAUUCCGUCCCGAGGAAAGAAAAUGAAAUAAUAAUUUUGGAACCAAGCUACCUGAAGCAGCUCUUGGAUUGCACGUCUCCGCUACGAGUUCUGUCAUCCAAAGGGAAAAAGCGUUUUUCUUAGAGGUCGCCGACCUUGGUUUUCGACAAUGGACGACCAGUCGAACAGGGUCCAUCGGCCCACGAAGGAGAAAAAGAAAUACGAUGGCCCUAACCCGAAAGCCUUCGCAUUCUCGAAUCCUGGGAAAGGAAACAAAGCUGGAGCGCGGUCGCAUGAUAUCAAAGAGAAGAGACUUCAUGUGCCACUAGUGGAUCGUGUGCCUGAAGAGGCACCUCCCCUUGUUGUUGCGAUCGUUGGACCGCCGGGUGUUGGUAAAACGACACUUAUUAAAUCAUUGAUCCGUCGCUACACGAAACAGACCCUCAGCACCCCUAAAGGGCCUUUGACAGUGGUGACAUCGAAACGGCGCCGACUCACUUUCCUCGAAUGUCCCUCCGACUCACUUGCCAGUAUGGUCGAUGUUGCGAAAAUAGCCGAUAUUGUGCUUUUGAUGAUUGAUGGCAACUAUGGUUUUGAGAUGGAAACUAUGGAGUUCCUGAACGUCCUUUCUUCUAGUGGUAUGCCGGGAAACGUCUUCGGUAUUUUGACCCAUCUGGACCUUUUCAAGAAACAGAGCACUCUGCGAAUGGCGAAGAAGCGUUUGAAGCAUCGCUUUUGGAGUGAGCUUUAUAAUGGCGCCAAGCUUUUUUACCUCUCUGGUGUCGUCAAUGGCAGGUAUCCCGAUCGUGAAGUACACAAUCUCUCCCGUUUUCUGUCGGUUAUGAAGAAUCCUAGGCCGUUAAUCUGGCGCAAUUCGCAUCCCUAUGCGCUUGCGGAUCGAUUUCUAGAUAUCACACCACCCACCCAGAUUGAAGAGAAUCCAAAAUGCGAUCGUACAGUGGCUCUCUAUGGUUAUCUACGGGGUACAAACUUUCCUGCUCAAGGAGCGCGUGUGCACGUACCUGGAGUGGGCGACUUAACUGUCUCGGGCAUCGAGUCUCUUCCAGACCCAUGCCCAACACCCUUCAUGGAUCAGCAAUUGGCGAAAGCCACAGGCAAGACAAGCAAACGUAGAUUGGGGGAAAAGCAAAAGUUACUCUUCGCCCCUAUGUCGGAUGUUGGUGGUGUGUUGGUUGAUAAAGAUGCUGUUUAUAUCGAUGUCAAAACAUCCAAUUUCGACAGAAGGGAUGACGAAGAGGAUGAUGAAGAUCGUGGCCUGGGCGAACAGCUUGUGGUUGGUCUUCAGGGCGAACGCAAACUCCUUGGCGAGGCCGAUGGUGGUGUCCGCCUGUUCCGAGGAGGCGAGGCCAUCGAGAAGGCAGAUGAGGAGGAUGAGGACGUAGGACGCAAACAUAGGAGGCACGCAAGGUUUAUGGAUGGAGAGCAAGGCGCAUCGGCAGAAGAUGAAGGUUUCGAAAGCGCAGAGGAUGAUGAUGACGACGAGGAGGUACUGGAAGGCGAUAGUGACGAGGAAGACCUCGACGUUUCCGCACCCCCCCACUUCGAAGCGAGCUUCAAGGAGAAGCACGAGGGUAAAAGCCGCAAUGAUGAAGGAGACAUCGCAUUCGCCGAUAGUGAUUCUGAUCUCGGAUCCAUUUCGUCUGUGGAAGACCAGAUGUUUGAAGAAGAUGAUGAAGAAGAUUUCGAGGAUGAUGAAGACGACGAAGAGGGCGCUGCUCGGUGGAAAGAGAAGAUGCUUGACAACGCCAAAGCUCUCCACGCCAAAAGACCAAAGUAUCGCGUCGCUGACCUGUCCCGCAUGAUGUAUGACGAAUCUAUCACUCCUAUGGACGUGAUAAGGAGAUGGUCAGGCAAAGACGAAGAGGAAGAUGCCAACGAUAAGGAUGCCGAGGAAGAUGCCGAUGAUUUCUUUAAGAAGACCAAUAAUGAGGAGGAAGAACAAUCAGAAUAUCGUGCUAUUCCCGAGUUUGACUAUGAGGCGCUAGAGCAAAAGUGGCAGGAUAGAGAUAUGAUUGAGUCUUUGCGCAGUCGGUUUGCCACUGCCAAAUUGUCUGGCCAAGGUGGUGAUGACGAUUCAGACGUUGAUAACGCCUUUGAUGAGGACGACGAAGAUGGAGACUUCGAAGACCUAGAGACUGGUGAGGUGUUUAACGGCAUCUCAGAUGACAAGGAGGAAGGUGAAGGCCCAGACGAUGAGAAAUCCGAGGACCUGGAAGCCGAGCGCGAACGGAAUGCAAAGAGGAAAGAAGAGUUGAGGUUGCGCUUUGAAGAGGAAGAUCGUGAGGGAUUUGCUAACUCGAAGGAUAACUCACGACAGGAUAUCGGAGGCGAUGACGAGUUCGGCGAAGAUGAAUGGUACGAUGCACAGAAGGCGAAGAUGCAAAAGCAGCUAGACAUCAACCGGGCCGAGUUCGAUUCUCUGGACCCAGCUUCAAGGGCUCGGUCUGAAGGAUUCAAAGCCGGAACCUAUGCGCGUAUCGUUCUAGAAAACGUACCCUGUGAAUUUUCCACAAAAUUCAACCCUCGCUUUCCUGUCAUUGUCGGUGGACUGGCACCUACUGAGGACCGGUUUGGCUACGUGCAGAUCCGGAUCAAGAGACACCGUUGGCACAAGAAGAUUCUGAAGAGUAAUGAUCCCUUGAUCUUCUCUCUCGGCUGGCGUCGCUUCCAGACGCUACCCAUGUACAGCACAUCCGACAACCGGACGCGUAACCGCAUGCUUAAAUACACGCCAGAACACAUGCAUUGCUUCGGCACCUUCUACGGACCACUUGUAGCACCCAACACUGGUUUCUGCUGCGUACAGUCCUUCUCAAACAAAACCCCCGGUUUCCGAAUUGCAGCCACCGGAGUUGUGCUGAGCGUGGACGAACAUACAGAUAUUGUGAAGAAGCUCAAGCUGACUGGUACACCUUACAAGAUCUUUAAGAACACUGCCUUCAUUAAAGACAUGUUCAAUUCUUCCAUUGAAAUCGCCAAGUUUGAAGGAACUGCGAUUCGAACCGUGUCUGGCAUUCGAGGUCAAGUCAAGCGCGCUUUGAGCAAGCCCGACGGUUGCUUCCGUGCGACAUUUGAGGAUAAGAUUCUUAUGAGUGACAUUGUCUUCUUACGCGCAUGGUAUCCGAUCAAACCACAUCGAUUCUACAACCCAGUAACAAACUUGCUUGACCAGGAGGAAGAGGGUGCAGGUGAUAGCAAAUGGCAGGCCAUGCGUCUCACCGGGGAAGUCCGUCGUGAGAAGGGUAUCCCGACACCUUUGAAUAAGGACUCUGCCUAUCGUCCCAUUGAACGCCAGGAGCGUCAUUUCAAUCCCCUCCGUGUGCCACGACAGCUGGCUAAGGACCUCCCAUUCAAAUCGCAGAUCACCAAGAUGAAAUCGCAUAAGGACCAGACUUAUAUGCAAAAGCGUGCUGUCGUCCUUGGAGGAGAGGAGAAGAAGGCGCGCGACCUUAUGCAGAAGUUGACAACUAUGCGGAACGACAAGUCAGCUCGGCGCGCAGCGAAGCAGGAGGAGCGCCGAAAAGUCUAUCGUGCUAAGGUCGCAGACAGUUUGGAGAAGAAGGAGGCCCGGGAGAAACGGGAGCGCGAUGAUUACUGGCGACGAGAGGGUAAGAAACGGAAGAAUACCGACGAAGACGGUGGAGGUGGAGGCAAAAAGCGCAGGUGAUCUUCGACGUCCUUGCGUUAUUAUUGUGGCAUAUAUAUUGGUUGGUAAAAGUUUCGAUUUCUGGGAUAAUGCCCAUAUGUACCUAUUGAUAUGCUGCAUGGUGGAUGGCGUUGAAUUAUAUCUGAUGAUAUAUACCAAGAAAUAGAUUGUUUCUUUUUUAUCCCCCAUCUAUUCUAUUCUUCAAGUCUGGGUCCUUUCGGGAGAUUUUC